ACCAGUGUGCUCUCUGUCUCUCUUUCUUCGCGUCGUUUGGGAUCGCUUUUUGGCGACAGUUCGGGAAGAUUCAGGCGCCCGAAAGUGUCCAGUGUCGUGUCAGUGCCAGAGUGCGUCGUUCAAGCGGCAGUGCACACGAACGGCAAGGGAGGGUUCUGUUCCUCAGAUGGUCGAUUUCUCGUGUCUGUUCAUCAAAUUCGCCUACUUUUGUUUUUCGUCCGUGCUGCGGUAGCUUCCUCGAAUUUAUACGUAUAUGUCGCACGGAAAUAAACUCUAAUCGCUGGGACAAUUACGUCCCCAUCAAAUCGUGCGCUAAACUGAUGUUUAGACUGUCGACUGCGUUUCGCCGAAGCUGGCGUGAUUUUUUCCCUCGCGAGAUCCGCCUGGACUUCCCUGACGCUGGCGUUGCCUGGCGUUGCCGGGCGUCAGUGACGUGCCGAACCGAACCGGGUCCCUUUCUUUCGACUGAUUGACGAGAUGAUUGCCGCCUCUCUGGGAGGCGCCCCUUCACUCUCGUGUCUGAGAAACAAAACCCUCUUUUGCAGGUGUGUGUGUGUGUGUGCGUGUGUGUGUUGUGCUGUGUUGGUGGCUAGCGGUGUAGUGGUGGUCCCUCGCGCGGAGUAGCGACGGAGGCAGCACAUCGUCUUCUGUUGAGGAUAAAUGCAAGGCGACAAUGACGGAGGUGGUGAUCCCGGCCCAACAAGUGAUCAGCGUACGGCGCUAUGAGGCGGCACCCGUCUCGCCCAACUCGCAGCUGGUGGACCCCGACAACCUCCAGGCUACCAACAAGGAAGAGGAAUGGGUCACCAAGAAGAAGACGGAGCUGACGACGACGAAGCAGAUCGAGACGCGGGUGAAGCGCCAUGUCGUCCUGGAGGACGGCAAGGUGGUGGACGACUCGGGCCCCAUCGUCACCACCAACACCACGGAGGACACGGAGAAGCAGGAGCACCAGCACACCGAGCACCGCACGCACGGCGAUGACCCGCCGUCCGGGGACGAGGGCUGGGUGGCGGUGCCGGGGCCGGGCGGCAUGGUCCGCGAGGUGAAGGAGAAGAAGGUGCGCUCCAGGGAGGAGAAGGAGGAGCGGCAGGAGACGGAGGACAUCCACCACCUCGGGGACAUCACGGACGAGGGCUACCUGGCCGCGGUGCGCGACGACAAGGACGUGCGGCGCGCGCUGCUGUCCGGCAAGGAGGUGGUGCGCGGCGAGGACGGCCAGCUCGUGGUGGUGGACCCGCGCAACUCGGGGCCGCGCCUCGUGCACCAGUCCUCCAAGGGCCGCAAGGUGGUGGACACGGAGAACACGCACGAGAUCUCCGAGGUCCAGCCCGACGGCAGGGUGGUCACCGAGAAGCGGCGCACCACUGAGCACGAGGAGGUGGACGAGAAGGAGGACCCCGAUGACGGCGAGCUCGAGGAGGAGGACAAGUACCGCGAGAGCAAGCAGCGCUUCCGCAAGAGCAAGGACCAGGAGCUCGUCGAGUACCUCGCGGACGGCGUCAAAGUCGGCCAGGAGAUGAGAUACCAGUGCGAGAAUGUGGAGGGCGAGCGGUUCGGCGACCCCGCCGCCCUGGCGGUGGAGGACCAGCAGGAGUGGGACAGCCUGUCGACGCGGAUUCGGCGCAUGCGCAGGAACAAGCUGCUGCAGUCGCGCGCCGCGGGGCAGCUGGGUCCCGCGCCCGGCGCGGCCAACCUGACCGGCGCGGCGGCCGCCGACCGCAAGGACGCCCUCACCAAGCGACCCCUGGACUUCGACCAGGAGGAGGAGACCCGCAAGGUGGAGACGUCCAAAUGGCUGGAGCACCACUUCGGCAGCGAGUCGCGUUCCUCCAAGGAUUCGAUCGAGGACGAGGACGACGUGCAGCGGGGCACCACGACCAGCUUCAUCAACGUGACGAUGAAGUCUCGCCCCGUCACGCCGCGCACGAACGGCCUCAACGGCCUCAACACCACCUCGUCGUCGCGGGUGUUUGUGUCGUCGCCGGAGCCGCGGUCCGAGAGCCCCUACUUCCAGGGCAUCAGCCAGUGGUCCGAGCGCCGCCACGACCGCCAGGACCGCCAGGACGUCAGGGAGACGGCCACGUCGUCGUGGAACAAGAAGUCGACGUUCUCGCCGUCCGACCCGACGUCCACGGCCGUGGGCAGCGGGUACACUGGUCGUCCGGACCGCGUGCAGGUGCUGCCCACCGGGCCGGACCACACCUUCAAGGCCACCGCCACGUCCACGCCCGUCGCCAACGGCGGCACCCGCCUCUACAAGACGACGAGCGUGCACCGAGUGGGGUCCCCGUCGGCGUACCGGGGAGGCGGCUCGUCCCCGUACAGGGACUCGCCGACGUACUCCCCGUACCGCGACGACAGCGACGAACUGCCUCCGCACGAGUACGCCGUGGGCCGCGGCCACUACGCGCCCAGCGCGAGCAACGUGAACGCGGCGUUCCUCGAGCGCGAGCGCAUCAGCUCUGAGCGGGCGGCGGCGCCUGGUCGGUUCGCGCCGAGCAGGGACAAGAGCCCCAGCCCCCCGCAGCGCAACAAGUACAGCGCAAAGCGCUACCACGAGGAGGACGAGGAGCGGUACCGCGGCGGCAGCAGCGCGCUGCGCAAGAAGGACUCGUUCCGCGACUGGCCGCCCUCCUCCCCCGAGUACCACCACGGCAACCACCACGGCAACCACCACCGCGGCGCGUCGCCGUCGCCCAGCCCGCCGCCCAUGCCGGCCAACAAGAAGCUGUACCAGCGGACGCGCUUCGCGGCGGACAUCCCGCCGCCGUCGGCGUACUCGUCGUCGUCGCGGCACCCGUCCACGCCCACGCCGCCGCCGUCCGCGCCCGCCACCGUGGUCAAGUCGCACCAGCAGUCGGCGUCGCAGAUCAUCGGGGACUCGUUCCGGAAGCUGGUGGGCAAGUUCCGGUCCGGCAGCUCGGACCGCAGCAAGAACAAGGCGUCCAGGAAGCUGAGCAACAAGUCGCGCGGCGGGUCGUCGCGGUCCCGGUCGCCCAGCCCGACGUACCGCGCGGCCGAGGGCUCGCUGCUCGGCAUGAGCAGGACCAAGCGCAGCAAGAGCGGCCGCCGCUCGGCGCAGGACGGCGAGGGCUCGUCGCCCAACGACGGCACCGAGGAGGGCGACUCCCCCGAGGAGGUGGCCCCCGUGGCGCCCCCGCGUGGCGGCGGCCGCAGCGGCCUCAAGCGGUCGCAGUCGCGGUCCCAGCCGCACCGCAACGGCCACGACCUGGACGGCCGCGACGGGCGCGACACGGUGGACGGCGAGGCGCGCACCACCAGGAAGUACUACCUCGGCGAGGAUCCGUUCGGCGGCUCCAUCUACGGCCGCGAGAGGGAGUACGACGGCGUGGUGCCCGCCCGGAGGAAGCAGCGCGACGUGCGGCGCGGCUCGCAGUCCGAGGAGGAGCGCCACUCCAGCCUUGGGCGCCUCAGCAAGUCCACGUCGCGGCUGACGUCCUCGGGCGCCGCGACGCAGCACAACACCAUGCUGAACGGCGGCACCAGGCGCGUCGGCACCGAGUACCACGCCGGCCGCGGCGGCUCCCAGACCCUGCCCAGGAAGCUGCGGGACCGCGAUGACUCCACGCCCAGGGCCAAGAAGCAGGUGUACGUGACCAAGAGCAACGUGGAGCGCACGGGCUCCUCGGCGCGGUCCUCUCCGCCGCAGGUGUGGGAGCACCGCUUCACGCGGGAGCGCUCGUCGCCGCGGUCGUCCCCGCUGGCGUCGCCGCUCACGACGUCGCCGCACACGGGCAGCCUCAUCAACGUGUCCUUCGUGAACCAGGCGCCGUCGCCGACCCGCAACGGGCACGGCAACGGGCACAGCAACGGCGUGUCGUGGGAGGGCCCCGCCAAGCCGGCGCGCACCUACCGCACCUCGCUGACGCGCAGCAAGAGCUUCAACGUGCAGGCCGCGCCCACGGCCUACCGCUCCAGCUCGCAGCUGCACCGCCUGGAGGAGAGCCCGCCGCCGCUCAAGAGCCCCAGCAUCCUGGCCAGCAUCAGCCGCAGCACCCGCGACCUCACCGACCUCGGCGAGAAGGAGAACCACGUCGAGGACCUCUACACCAAACCGGCGCGCCGCGCCGCCGACCAGCGGCGCCUCUUCUCCAGCACCAGCCACCUGAACGGCGUCAACAGCAGCGGCGGCAGCGGCCAGGACCCCAAGAAGAAGGCCUUCAUGCGCGGCCUGCUGGACCGCGCGCCCGAGCUGUUCAAGACCCUGCACCCCGAGGAGCAGCAGCAGCAGCACGCCGAGCCGCGCGUCAUCGACUACAGCAACUCGUUCCGGUCCAGCACCGCCACGCCGCCGCCGCGCGCGCCGUUCCGCUCCAUGGACAGGGACAGCAGGGACAGGGCGUCGCCGUCAGGUGGCGGCCCCGCCUCCAAGGGGCUGCGCGAGCGCGACGCCUACCGGAGGGACUCCAACAACUCCAACUCGAACGGUAGCGGCGGCGACUACUCGGAGACGGUGAGGAUCACCUCCAAGUGCAGCGACCCGCUGCGGCCGUCCGUCACCAACACGGUGCAGAACUACUCGCGGCGCACGGUGCCGUCCGGGCGCGGCGGCGCCAGGGAGGUGGUGGAGACGAGCGACACGUCCACGGUGACGAAGCGCAGCAGCCGCUACCGGGGAGGCUCCGGGGACAGCGGCAUCGACACGAGCACCAGCAGCAUCCUCAUGGACUCCAAGUACCCCAGGCACACGGCCAGCCUGGCCGCCCAGGCGCGGCAGUGGCGCCACCAGCCCGACAAGCACGGCGUCAACGGCGGCGUCGUCAUCGAGGUGCGGAACACCCGCAAGUAACGCCGGGUUCGCGGGUUCGACUCCCGGCCGAGGCAGGUACACUGGUAAGGGGGCUGAGGAGCGCGACGUGCCGCAGUUUUGUUCGGCAUGCAGCGUCUCCCGAAACGAGCCCGGGAAUCGAAAUCGAGAAGCAGUUUUAGUGUAGUUUCCUUUCGCCGCUCCCGGGAUCGCCAUAGAGCCAACGGAGUGCCAUGCAGAGCUCUGCUAGCAGGGGCAGGAGCCAUUCCCCGUUCUUAAGAGUGCGUUCCUGAAGGACAUCGUAAGAAGUGCUAGCUGCUAGUUAUUCUGAAAGCGUGUUCAUUUUGAAGCGCCAACAGAUACCCAUGUGAACAAGAAAACAAGCUGUAAAGUGAUGUUUGCUUUAGUGGUAGGGUAAUUUUUGGUUUUGUUGAAAGUUUUGACCCAUGACCUAAAUGGACCUUAAACAUAAUGCAGUGAGGGUUUUACAGAUUAAGCGAUAUGCCUAGAAACCAAGGCUUUAUCGAGUUACGGAUGUUACACAUUUGUACAGCCUACACCCGCCCCAUCAAACUGAUUGUGUUUUGUGGAAUCCACAAAAUUUGCUCAAAUAAAGAGCAGUAUUUGAAAUCACUCAUCUGUGCAAUUUGUGUGCGUGUUCGCAGUUAUACUGUGUAACAUUCUUAACUUUAUAAUGCUCAAGACUGGUAAGAAUCAGCUGCUAUUGGGUCAAAAUAAUGUAGGCUAGUCAAUACAAUUUUGUAAUGUGGACUUGAUUUUACAUCUAACAGGAAAAUAUUGUAAAAAUAGAUGGUAAAUUCUGACUAAUAGAAAUCCCAGAGAAGAAUGAUGUGACAGUGGUUAUUUAUUUGUCCUCAUCCCUGAUAAUAAUGUGCCUGUGAGGCAUCUCGUCCCAUUUGUCUGUCUGUGAUUUUGAGAUAUCACAACCACAUUAGGAAAUACGACUUUCAUCAUGAGCUCUGGGUAUUUGUAAAAUAAUUAAAGAUUAAAAGUCAUGACAUGACUAUACUUUUAUAAUUAGCAGCUGAAAUUUUUUAACUCACGAAUUCAAACAUAUUUUUAAACAUUUGUAACGUUUUUCUGUAUUUCUUGAAAAAUUCACUUAAGGAAAUUGUAAUAUUGUUGUUGAUGCUAUUUACCAUAAAUAAAUAUUAUAACAUUAUGAGAA